AUGGCGAUCUCGGGUAUGCGUUGGGGUGACGAGGAGGACGAUCUGCUUCCGCAGCGCAUAGAAAGUGAACCAGAUUCAAACGGUGUUCGUCAGAUAGUCGAGUGGAAGGUGAACGAGGCCGGUGAGAAGGUGAAAGUGACGAAAAAGGUUAAAAAGAUUACAGAAAUCAAGCGUAUUAGUAAACGUGCGUUGGAGCGAAAGAAAUGGCGCAAAUUUGGUGAUGCGCUGGAUGACGGCGAUGGAAGUAACGUGACGUAUCGAUCCUAUGAAGAGGUGACGUUGGACGAUCCGAAUGCUGAUCAGGUGCUUCCUGGUGAGAAGAAGGAGGAGGAGAACAUCUUUGCUGGUGUCAAGAACUCGUCUAUCGUCGUAUGCCGUCAUUGUGGUAUGGUGGGUGAUCAUUGGACGCUCAAGUGUCCGUACAAGGACACGCCCAAGGAGGAACUGGUGCUGGACAUGGCCAAGCGUGCCGAGGCUGGAGAUGCAGCGGCUCCCGUUGCGUCGUCAGCUGAGCCUGCAUCUCGUGGCUCUGCUCUAGAUGGAGCAUUUGGAUCGAGCAAGUACGUGCCGCCCAGUCUCCGUGGACGUGUGGAUGGAGCUGGCGGUGACGCUGGCGGUGACAACUCUCAUGACGACAGCGCUACGUUACGUGUAACCAACGUGUCGCCUGACACCCGUGAAGAUGAUUUGAAGGAAUUGUUCCGUGUUUUUGGACCUGUGGCACGUGUGUAUCUGGCCAAGGAUCGCGAGACGUUCCAGUCCCGUGGCUUUGCGUUUGUCAGCUUCAUGUACCGCGAGGACGCUGAGAAGGCACUGAACAAGCUGCAGGGAUACGGUUACGAUCACUUGAUUCUUAAGCUGGAGUGGGCCAAGCCUUCUAACAAACCUGCAAACGAGGAUGCUGGCAGCAUGGGUACGACCUUCCGCUCCGGUUACGGGAAGGCUUUGCCACAGAAUAUGGCGCCACCUCCCCGCAAGUAA